AUGGUCAAAGCAGGUGAGCUAAGCAGCGUCGCAUCUCCCGCCUCUUCCUCCAUCCCUGUCGCCCUGGUGAGAGAAUUUGAGCAGGACUGGCUGCCCGUCGCUGGCUGGCUGGCUCUCUCUCCCUCUCUCGCGCGCACGCCAGCGUCUGCCGCCUGUCGACUCUUGUCUCUCAAGGUUCCUGCUGAGCUGACGCCUUCUUGCGCUGUUGUUAUUUGCCGAGCAGUUGCCGUCGUCCGUGGUGACUCCAACGUCAAGGGCACCGUCACCUUCGAGCAGGAGUCGGAGGCCGAGCCCACCACCAUCUCAUGGAACAUCACCGGCCAUGAUCCCAACGCCCAGCGUGGCUUCCACAUCCACCAGUUUGGUGACAACACCAACGGCUGCACAUCGGCCGGCCCUCACUUCAACCCCUUCGGCAAGACCCACGGUGCUCCCACCGAUGAGGUCCGCCACGUUGGUGACUUGGGUAACAUCACCACCGAUGCUCAGGGCAACGCGGUCGGGUCCGUUCAAGACAAGCAUAUCAAGCUGAUCGGUGAACACAGCGUUGUUGGCCGUACCAUUGUCUGCCAUGCAGGCACUGACGAUCUUGGCAAAGGCGGAAACGAGGAGUCCUUGAAGACUGGCAACGCUGGUCCCCGUCCUGCCUGCGGUGUCAUUGGUAUCUCUGCUUAA